AUGUCCGAGUCUGCACGCAAAAAGCAGCGCCUUUCGCCAGAGCGCAAUAUGAAUGGUACGCCACACGCCGCUGCGCGCAUACAGCCUAGCACACCGUUCCGACGGGGGACCAGCGCGGGGCCCACACCAGGAGACUCGAAGACGCCGACGUUUAGAACACCAGGGACAGGGAGGACACCUCGAGGAGGCCCGGCAACUCGCCCAAUUCCAGCACGAAGAACAGCGCCGACUACACCGCAUGCGAUCAGGGCAUUGAGGGAGCGUGCCAAUGCAGCAAGAACGCCAGGGAACAACCGGAGGAGAAGCGGGAGAGUACAAAGGGAGACCCCGCGAGAUAUCUUGAGGGACCUAAGCAGAGCGCUUGCUCGCGACAAUCGACCAACGGAGCCCUCACCACAGGUUCUACCACGGCGUGUGCGACAUUCGGCGCUCGACCUCCCAGACGUCGAAGAUGGCCCAGAUAUGCAAGCACCUCGACUUUCCAUGCCACUCGAUGAUAUGUACGACGAGGAUAGCUUCCACGACGCCCCACCACGACGGUCACUACUUCCUGAACUACCAGACGACGUAGAUGGAGGAACCGUACAGUCGCUGGAGUUUGGGCGACGAGCUAUCAGCGAAGACCCACGAUUCAUGUUUGGGGGGAGACAAAGUGAGCGAUUUGCGGAUUUCAGCGAACUCGGCGCAGUCGAUGAGGAGUAUGAAGUCGAUGGAACAUUCAUAAACCGACGUGCGGAUGGGUUGCUUGACCAAACUAUCGACGACGCGCUCGAUGAGGAUGAUACUACAACGCAGAUGCGAGCAUUGACAGGUCGAAGAGAUGGACGCCCGAGCGACGUGGAUCUGGGUGUGUUUGGCGAGGCAGAUGAUGAUACCGAUGAACCAACUUUUCGCUUCCUCAUUCCUGAACGUAUACGUGCACCAGUAUUGGAAGAGCCACAAGAAGUAGAAGAAGAAGAGCGAGACUGGGAUGACGGGGCUCUAGACGCCGAAGAAGGUAUGCCUGUAUUAGCAGAAGACGACUUGGACGAUGAAACUGCAGCACUGCAUGGCGACGAACCUACAAAUGUCGAUGGUAUUGUAGGAUGGGAGUCCGAUCACGGCUCAGACGACGACGCGGACUUGACCGCAUACCGCGAAGAAGAAUCAGCACUAGAUCGAAGCCUGCACACCCAGUCACCCGAACGCUCUGCCGCUGCGAAACAACAAGCGGGCAGAAAAGCCAAAGAGCUCCGGAUCUCACAACGAGGACUCGAGUAUCCUUCGUUUCCAGCUCUGCCGGUGAAGAAGCUUGCUUUGGGUUUCAUGAAAUCUCAAGGGAGCAAGGGGCAGCUGAGCAAAGAUGCGGUUGCUGCCUUGGUCAAGACGACGGAUGAUUUCUUUGAGCAGAUAGGGAUUGACCUUGCAGCGUAUGCGCAGCAUGGUGGGCGGAAGAUGAUUGACGAAAGUGAUGUUAUUGCACUGAUGAAGAGGUAUGUUACAUUCCACCUGUUAUACAAUUGUACUUUUGAUAUCAGCGCGGCUGAUUAA